GCUCGAGUUCUGGACUAUAAACCCGAGCUCGAUUGCUCCUCCUUUUUUACCUUCUCAAAAACCCUCUCUUCUUCUUCCUGAAUUGCCUUUAUCUGAAAAAGGGCAAAGAAUAUCAAAGAAGAGCGGAAGAAAAUCUGGAUUUUGAUUUUGGACAUCAUUUUCUGAUUCCAGUCAGAAGAGAAGAUAGCUGUCGGUAGUUUGUCAGCAUUGUCAGGUGAAAGAAACGCCCUUUGACUCCAAGCAGACUCAGCUGACACAAACAUCCAUGUGGUCUCUGUAGCAUGGACUCUCAUCAGCUCUUCAGAUACAGCUUGCCCGGGACUGACAUAUCUUACGAAACUACUCCAGCAAGUACUUUGGCUGGCUCCGAGUGGAUGCUGGAGCCUGUGAAGUUUGGCUUUGGGAGGUCACCUGACUCACCUCUUUCCACUCACUUCGACGUUGACACCUUUUCGACACUGAGCAACAGCCAGGAGCAGAACAGCUCUACGGAGAACUUCUCGUGGAUCAGCUCUGCCCGCAACUCGCCAUUAGAAUUUGACAAUCUGUUCCAGAACUCACCAGCCAAUCUUCAAGACAGGAGACAGGUUCACUCAGUGGGACGAACACUUCAGCAGAAUGCAGUUUGGAGCAUGGAGCAUGCUCUACAGGAACUAGAGUCAGAUCUCAUGGGCCCCUACGCCGACGAACCAACUACCCCUAGUUCUUCUUUCAGAGAAAACCAAUCAACAUCAUGGGGCCCUGGGCAUCAUCAAGAGAAGCUAGUGGCUCGACCUCAGCCGUACAUUGCUUCCAAGCAACAGAAGAUGGGCCAGAUGGUUCAGCAAGAUCAACAUCAGAGAGUAGACGAUGCCCAACUGACAGAUAAGCCUCGAUGCUAUUUGAAACAGUUGCUGAUUGAGUGUGCGCGUGCGAUCUCCGAAAACAAUGUGUGCCAUUUCGAGAAGUUACUUAAAGAGGCCAGGAGCGCGGUCUCCAUCAGCGGAGAACCCAUCCAGCGACUUGGAGCAUACAUGUUAGAAGGGUUAGUGGCCCGGCAGGAGGCCUCUGGUACUAACAUCUACCGGGCGUUGAAGUGUCACCAGCCUGAAGGCAAGGAAUUGCUAUCUUAUAUGCACAUCCUCUACGAUAUCUGCCCCUACUUGAAGUUUGGUUACAUGGCAGCCAACGGAGCAAUCGCUGAAGCAUUCCGAGAUGAGGACUACGUCCACAUCGUAGACUUCCAGAUUGCUCAGGGGACCCAAUGGGUCACUCUGAUACAAGCUUUGGCAGCUAGGCCAGGUGGGCCACCCCAUGUCCGGAUCACUGGCAUCGAUGACCCUGUCUCAAAAUACGCACGUGGGGAUGGUCUACAGGCAGUUGGUGAGAGGCUGGCCGCAUUGUCAAAAGAGUUCAAUAUCCCGCUCGAGUUCCACUCUGUCCCCGUCUACAUGCAGGAUGUCACACGGGAGAUGAUCGACGUGCGGCCGGGUGAGGCGGUUGCAGUGAACUUCACCCUCCAGCUCCACCACAUGCCCGACGAGAGUGUUGACAUAAACAACCCAAGAGACAAAAUGCUGAGGAUGGUGAAGUCGCUGUCCCCCAAGGUGACCACGUUGGUCGAGCAGGAGUCAAACACGAACACCACCCCAUUCCUGUACCGGUUCAUCGAGGCAUUGGAUUUCUACUGUGCCGUGUUCGAGUCGAUCGACGUCACGCUGCCGCGGGAGAGCAAGGAGCGGAUCAGCGUGGAGCAGCAUUGCCUGGCAAGGGACAUUGUGAACGUCAUUGCAUGCGAGGGGAAGGAGAGGGUCGAGAGGCACGAGCUCCUGGGGAAGUGGAAGUCAAGGUUGAGCAUGGCAGGUUUCCGGCCAUACCAGUUGAGUUCACACGUGAAUUCAGUGAUUCGGACGGUGUUGAAAUCAUAUUCACAGAACUAUACAUUGGUGGAGAGUGAUGGGGCAAUGCUUUUGGGUUGGAAGGAUAGGAAUCUGAUAUCAGCUUCUGCAUGGCAUUGAGUAGAUAGAUAUACUGAUACAGCCAGGCGAGAGAUCACCUGUACCAUCUGUAUCUUUAUUUCUCUGUUGUUUGUGUAUGUAUCUUGCAGGUAUUAUGGUUUUAUGUUGGUUGAUCCCAGACUAGAAGCAUAACCUUCCCAUGUUUUGAGUUACUGCUUGAAUUUUCUUAGCUUGGUUACGCAUGUCAAUGUUGAAUGUGGAUGUUAGGAAAUUGAAGUCCCGAAUGAUCUUUUCCAGUGUUGAAA